AUGCGUGGGCCCAAGGCGGUCGCUGAGCGAGCCACAACGAGGGCUGUGUGGCCAGGCGAGAAAGUCGAGGAGAGUGCGACUGGCAAGCGCUCCUGGCGGGUCUGGGUCGGCACCAAGAGGAGUGAGAGAGGCGAGGGUCGAGCUGGCGUGGGAUUUGGGCUACGGUUGCAAUCUCGGGCAGCACAGCGCGAUGUGACGGUUGGAGCUGGCCAAGCUGGCCAAGCUGGCCGAGCCUCUCAGUCCGGCCGGCGCUCGACGCCGUCGAGAGGUGGUCACUUCCACCUUGGUCUCUCUAGCCGUCACGAUACCUUUCUCCACCAGUCAUCACCCGGUGUUCCAUCCUCAAGGAAUAUCGCGCGCACCGACAUCGACGCCGCUCCAGCACCGACCCCAUCGACCAAAAACGACUUUAGUGGAAGCACCUCCGCAGAACAGCAACCAUCGCAUUCCGCCGCUAUGCUGUUCGUCCCCAUGUCGCUGCGACGGUCCGCUGCAGAAGAGACACACGACUGGCACCAGCAUAUCGUCACGACGCCGUGUAGGGAAGCUGCAGCUGCAACACCGCCUCAGCAUAAGCAUACGCAUACGCAUAGUGCCCGUGCUCCCGGACACGGCGUGGCAUCCGUUCUCGACUGCAAGCUGCAGGAGCAUUAUGUCUGUGCCGUAUUCAGUGCAGCAUUUCAGGCAGUCCGAGGUCGUCACGUUCAUCCCGCACCUCCGACCUCCGCCAGUUAG